AUGAGCAGCCUAUCCGACUCCGUCGACCGCAUAUGCUUACUCGCUAAAAACAUACGCCUAAAUGCUGCUAGCUGCGCGUCCGAGACCGCCGGCCCAUUUACCAAAGCAGUUCUCCACGCCCCGCUCGGCGACCUCAUCCGCGACAUCGACCCCGCCGAACUCGGCCUCUUCACGCUUGUCGCACCUUCGAAGCAAGUCCCGGACGUAGAUAAUACUGGCGCAUCUACCAGCGAGAUCACGCGCGCCGAGUUCCACGGCGCGACACCGCUGAAGAAGCCGCCCGUACCCAAGCCGGGGCGCCAUAAUCCACAGCGGCCGGGCGAGCAUGAACCAGAGGUGUAUGCGCGAGCGGCGAUAAAGUAUCUCGACCGCUACCAGUCGAUCAGGCCCAUGCCUCGGGCAGCCGAGCAAGCGACCCGGAUCACGGAGCACCUAGACGUCGUCCGCGAGAGCAUGAGGAAACUCAAUGAUGAACUCAAGCAACAUGCGACGGCAGAUGCGUGUAGCCCACCCGCUUCCCCUAAGGCUACAAUCAGACAGGAGGAGAAGCGAAUACGGGAAGCCCAGGCUCGUAUUCGUGAGCUUCGGAAGCGAAAAGACGCUUUGCUAAAGCAGAGAGCUUCUGCGAGGAUAGCAACGCCGAAGGCAAGGCCAAACCUACAAACGCCGCCUCCUGCUGAUGCGCAAGAGGAAACGUUCUGGAACACACCUGCAGCUUCGGCGCGCACUCUACACUUCACCGGGGAGUCUCUUCUGGAUGAGCAUGUGGACGUAGGUGACAUAUCGGGAGUCUCAUUCGCAAGCCCGCUGCCAGUUCGUAGUUCAAUUCAAUCCUUGCCGCGAUUAGCAGUCGCAGAAGACGAUGAACCCGAGACGCAGCUCGAGCCCGAUAUUGCAGAGCUUGAAUCAAUGGACGACGGCAAAUCGAUGGGGUCUGUCGACGGACCCCCUGAGGAUGAGGUGGAAGAGGAGCAGACCGUUGUGAUGCGUCAGCCUCCACCAGGCGGGGCAGUCGACGUUCCAGAUGAAGUAGCAGAGGCUGCUCUCGAGCCUGCAUCAGAACCGCCACCAGUGGCGGAAACACACGGUGUUGCAAGGAGCUCGAAGGUCCGAGUCACUACAGAGCUGGAACAUAUUGUGCAUAGCAAGCUCGACGUGAACAAAAAUCCCCUGUGCGCAAAUGUCAAAUUCCCAAAUUCUCCGUGGAUAUCGCAACGCAACCUCACCUUCAAGCGCGCCCUCGCCUGCUUGAGGCAGUUCAAGAUGACAACUAUCUCGUCCCAGUACGAUAACGCUUCCGGCGGCGAGAACCUGUCUGUGCCUACCAUCUCGAGAUGGGGGAACAGGCCAUCAAGGUAG